AUGCCACUAAUCGUACCCGUGCUCCGUCUGGCUUAUGUGUUCCUGAAUAUCUUUGACACUUUCAAGACCCUUCGACCUCCUCCCCCAUCGACCAAGAACGAUGGUCAACCAAGUGUUCGGGCCAUAAGCCAGAGGAAGCGGGCUAUGAAGGGAAUUAUGGCUGUUUGGAUCGUAUGGGGUUCUUUCGCUAUGUACGAGCGUACGCUGGAUUCUGUGGUCAGGCUGUUUGUACCGUUUUACGAUGAGUUUAAAUCGCUUGUUAUACUAUUUUUCGUUUUCACUCGAGCGCGCGGCGCAGAGCCAAUCUUUCUGCACGCUAUUCGCCCAUUUAUCAAACCCUAUGCCGCAACUCUGGAUUCCUCGCUGGAGUUGGUCGCGACGACGGGUGAUUUCAUGCUCCUUCUGGCACUUAUACCGGUUCAGUUUGUCCUGAGCUACUAUCGGAGAUGGAUAUCGCGCGGAGAUCCUCGACCAGAAACGAUGGACAGCCAGAGCGUUCCCGAACAAGUCAGGAGGGAGAGCGAGAAAGUGGUUGCCGAUUCAGAUCAAAGCUCCAAAGGAGUAAACCCAGCUCCGCGCGGGCGUGGUAGUGUCAUUAGCGGGAAUACACUUACUAGGGGUACUGGACGGCCGACUACACAUGCAAAAUCAUCGUUCCAGCGUCAGAAAUCUAGCGGUGCCCAUAACCCUGCACCUCGAGCGACUAGAUCAACAGUGAGGCGGUCAUCCCAGUCAUCUCAAGGCGCGCCACCACCAUACGAGAUAUGGUAUCCACCCCUGUCGGCCCAUGAUAAUGCCCCGACCAACCCGCUCACGGGACUGCCGACUCCCCCAGAAGACGAUCCCCCGGCGUUUGAUACAUCCCUCGAGAUUAAAGGUGAUGAUUGGAGGCAGUACCCUGCGUUUCCAUCCGCAUAUCCUUCAACGCCAUUAACUGCUCAGCCAAAAUUGCAUGUCGCGAACGACACUCGGGCGUCUUCCUCCUCAAGCCUCUCAGAAGAACUAAGAAGACCCCCUCCAGGCCUUGCAACCGUGCCCCUUGGUGCUACCGCUGGACGUGUUCCAGGAUCGCCGCGUGGAUCUCCAAUCUCCGACUCUGCUCGCGAAUGGAGUGACAAUCAGGGUAGCGAUGAAGAGGCUCAGGAUCAAGAUCACAUAAUGGACGUUGAAGAGGAUACGCUCGAUGAUUCGGAAGUCGACUCAGAGGAAGACGAUUUUGAUGUGACCCUUCGAACCCCCUCUCGUAAAAACCGAUUCCAAGCACCAGUAAAGGAAAAGGCAUCGCUUACAUCCGCAUCUACGGACAGCUUGGUUAGCAGAAGCACUCACCUCAGUACUACAGACAACGGCUCGUCACUGCGCACUAGGACAAACUCGAUUGCAUCGACAACGCUCACUACAUCCGAUGCUGCUUCCAUCGUGGGGAUCAAACGGCGUUUGCCUCGCGGCGAGAAGGCUGAGGAACGGUUUCGCAUUAAGCCUUCCUCCAAGAUGGUUGCCGCAUCCACCAGGUCAGCUGGUGUGCAGUUGCACACGCGCAUGCGCGCAGCGUCACGCAAGACCACACAUACGCAUGCAGAGUCCUCUGCAGAGGAUGAUUCAGAAUUUGCGGGGGACAGUGAUGCUGGCAAUACUCGCAACGGCGCGGAGGCAGAGAAGCGACGACGAGUGCCUGGAGUACCUGGGGAUCGCCUAUCGCGGCCUACUGCUUCCCGAGAGGAUAGCAACAGGACUAUUCGCGGCACCGCUCGCAAGGCAGCAGCUCCUAUGCAGGCAGCCUCGCGCUCUGGAGCGGCCCGGAGACUGGCGACUCGCGUAGGAGAGAGUGAACGGAACGCGACAGUGAGAACUCGUAGGUCUGUGGCUACUCUGGAGGGGAAGACUCGUGCUGCAGGGAAACGAUGA